AAAUGACUCUGUAGUUUGGGAACUAGCCACAAGCAAAGCCUCUGUUACGGGAUCUGUCUGCUUCCAGUGACCUUCCAAGUAGUCUGUUAACUACUCUGUAGUAUACACUUGAUGCUGAACAUUGGCAACCACAGUUCCUGUUUGCUUGCCAGCAUUUUCUGGGAUUACGCCCGACUGUCGAGAUGCCGGAGGACGUAGUUUCUCAACAACAGACAGUGCACAGCAAUCUAGAGAAGCCAACAGGAAAUGCAAUCCUCUGUAACAACUGUGGGAAUGCGUGUAAAGGCGAAGUUCUGAGGGUGCAGAGCAAAUAUUUCCAUAUCAAAUGCUUUGUUUGUAAAGUGUGCGGAUGUGACCUUGCCCAGGGAGGCUUUUUUGUGAGAGAGGGGGAUUACAUAUGUACUGAGGAUUAUCAGAAACUCUACGGAACACGUUGCCUCAGUUGCGAUGCAUUCAUUGAGGGAGAAGUUGUUUCUGCCCUAGGAAAAACUUAUCAUCCCAGUUGUUUUGUGUGUGCUCUAUGUAGAAACCCUUUUCCCCCUGGUGAUCGAGUGACGUUUAACGGCAAACAAUGCAUAUGCCAAAAAUGUACAGUUUCUCCAACCACGGGAAACAGCAAUUUCUCAAUGCAGUCUCUGAGAAACUGUGGUGGAUGCGGGUUAGAAAUAAAAAAUGGACAGUCCUUGGUCGCAUUGGAAAAACACUGGCAUUUGGACUGUUUCAAAUGCAAAACAUGUGGAAUACUUUUGAAGGCAGAGUAUAUAAGCAAAGAUGGAAUACCUUAUUGUGAAAUGGACUAUCACACCAAGUAUGGCAUAAAAUGUGACCAUUGUGAGAAAUACAUCACAGGAAAAGUUCUAGAGGCUGGAGAUAAACAUUAUCACCCAACCUGUGCUCGAUGUGUCAGAUGCAGUCAGAUUUUUGCAGAAGGUGAAGAGAUGUACCUUCAAGGUACUACAAUAUGGCACCCAGUGUGCAGACAAGCAGCCAAAACUGAAGAGAGAAAUAAAGAGACCAGAACAUCUUCAGAAAGUAUAAUCUCAGUACCUGCAUCAAGUACCUCGGGAUCUCCAAGUCGAGUUAUAUAUGCAAAACUCGGGGAUGAAAUUAUUGACUACAAGGAUUUGGCGGCUCUUCCUAAAAACAAAGCCAUCUAUAAUAUUGAUCGUCCUGACAUGAUCUCCUAUUCUCCUUAUAUCAGUUACUCUUCAGAUGACAGACAUAGUUAUGGGGAGGGAGAUCAAGAUGAUCGUUCAAUAAAACAAUACAGAGCCUCCAGCCCUAGUUCCACUGGAUCUCUGGGAUAUGGGCGUUACACACCAACGUCCCAUUCUCCUCAGCAUUGCAGCAGACCAGCUGGUACUCAGCCUUAUGGUACCAAUAGCUGCAUCUUCCUGUCCCAAAACACAAGCCCUACAUCUGCAUUCAGCCAUCAUUACAUCCCUUUCUUCAAAGGCAGUGAAAGUGGCCGGAGUACCCCAAGCAUGUCCAUGUGCUCAGACAGCAAAUCUUCAUGCUGCUCUUAUCAACAGGCUCCUAGACAUUUCCAUAUUCCAGAAACUGGAGUUAAAGAUAACAUCUAUAGGAAACCCCCCAUCUACAAGCAGCAUGCAUCAAGAAGAUCUGAAGGGGAUGAAAUCAAUUUAGACCCAGAUAGCAGGAAGGUGAAAACAAGUUGGUUGAUUCUCAGAGGAGAGGUGGAUUCUCAAAGUAAUUUAACAGAUACAGAUUCAAGGUCACUUUCACACAGUACUGGUAUCUACAAAGAUAUGAAUCUAAGGACAUAUAAAGAAACCUCUUACUCAGGAUUGCCUUAUUCUAAGUCUGCAUCACUUCCAGGGUAUGGUAAAAACGGACUUAACAGGGCUGCCAAUUUUGGUCAUUACGAUAUGGAUGAUAACUGCAGCUGGGGCAUGAGAGAUUACAAGAUCUAUCCCUAUGAAAUGUUGAUUGUAACUAAUCAGUUGCGAGUGAAAUUGCCAAAGGAUGUAGACAGAACGAGAUUGGAGAGGCACCUGUCAACAGAAGAAUUCCAGCGUGUCUUUGAGAUGACAAUUGAAGAAUUUGACCGCCUGGCGCUCUGGAAAAGAAAUGACCUUAAAAAAAAGGCUCUGCUUUUCUAACCUUUUACAGGCUUACAAACCCACGCACCCCUGCCAGACCUGCCAUCUGUACCUAUUGUUAAUGCCUCAUCACCUUUAUCAUUUUGGAGAAGAAAACAAGACAAAAUGAUCUAUCUACACAUCUGCAUGACCGGCCAGGUCUUGUGAUCACAGCUGGUCUAACCAAUUGUCCGUCAUACACUGCUUUAUUUACAGUAAAUGCAUUAUGUCAAUUACAAUGGUAGAGACAACUGUAAUAUGUGUCAUAAACAUUAUGUGUAAGUCAUUUAUUUAUUGCCUAGAAUAAUGAGGAGAGAACAUACUAUUGGUUGCAUUUAAAUUACUCAGCUUAUACACUGAAGGCCAAAGAAAAGCAUGAAAACCACAAUAUUUUUGUGUGUGGUUUAUUGUAAAUGUGGAAAGUUAAACUAACAAGAUAACAAGGCACUUUAUACAUAGUUUUCUAAAACAUGCUUCUCACUAGCACUUGUUGAGCUUAUGACAUUGGAGAAACUAACGCUAAGAUUAAAAAAUUGUCUUGUUAUAUAAUAGAUGCCAUUUGUGUGGUAGAAGCUCUGACAUCUAGAUGGCGCUAUACAAAUAAAGUUACACCUAAACACUU